GUACCCACAAAAAUGCACACCAUGUUCACAGUAGCGCUUGCAUGCACUCUGGCCACAUUGCUCCUAGCUCAACAGAUGGAAGACGAACUAUCGGCAGACAAACGAGUGAGGUCAUUCGCAUUUGCCAAGCGAUCCCCAUACAGACAAUUUGCAUUUGCUAAGAGAUCCGACGAAGAGGAUGAGAGCGAAGUCGAGAAACGAGCCCGAUUCGCUUUCGCAAAGAGGUGA